AUGUUCCGUGAUUCCUAUUGCGUAGUUCGUGUCCUGAAUUCUGUGCGUAACUUCACUACUAUUACUUCUACUACCACUAAAAAUUGGCGUCGUGCAAUGGAGCUUCUAAGUAUUGAACAAUUGAACCUGCAUGCCAGUCCGUCCGAGAUCGAGGAAUGGGUAGAGCGAUUCGAGCUGUGGUGCAGUAUUCGAAAAGGUGGUGUGCAAAACCAAUCCGCCCUAUUUCUCACUGCUGGCGGCCGUGAUCUGUAUUCGCUG